AUGGGCGGCCGCAACGGGCCUGAGAAGCACCAGCGCGCCGGGGCGCGGCACCGGUCCAUCCCGGAACCACGACCCGGGGGGAAGCGCCCCCCAGGCGAGAGCGGCCCGACCCGUGCCCAGACGUCACCGCCGGCGGCCACUCGGCACGGGAGCGGGCAGCAGACGCAGCCGCUCGCACGGCAACAGGGCAGGAGACGCACGGCCGCGGGGGAGUGGCCACGCACGCACGCACUCGCACGCACACGGGAGCCCCACGUGCCAGACGCCAGCCAGGCCCGGCGGGAUCCUCCCCCGACUCGGAGGGGGGAGGCGCAGGCCGCGGCACCCUCUCGGAUCGCUAGAGAAGGCUUUCUCACCGAGGGCGCAUCGCCCCCACCCAUUCGUCCCCCCGACCGAGCCCCGCGAAACGGCGUCCCAAAGGCCUCCAAGGGCCUGGGGGCAGGGGUGGGUCUGCGGCCAUGCUCCCAUCACCGCCCAGAAGGAACCUCGUGCCUCCACCGGGGCCACGAGAGGAGCGGAGACGGGCACAGCAUGCUGGGCAAAAAUAGCAGCAGCCCUCGGGUGGCCAAGCGCCACAGCGCUGGCCCGGCCCGGCACGAGGGCCUCGGAAAACUUGGUGAGAAAAUCGGGGGCGACGACCAGGACCCCACGCGAGCCCGCGGACGGAACCCUCGCGCCAUCCACGGACUUCCCCGCGAGGCUCAUGCCGGUCCCCAGCCGCCCGGGUGUGACACGGAAUACGUGGCCUGA